AUGUCUCUUGGAAGAGCAUGGGUUCAUCCGCUCUCCGAAAAACUCUCACAAGCAGCCCAUGCCGGUUUCGAAGGCGUGGAGAUCUUCUAUGAGGAUUUAGAAUAUCUAGCCAAGGAAAAAGGCUCUCUCAGUAAUGAGACCUUAUUUGCAGCGGCUCACGAAAUUCGGACAAUGUGCGACCGGUACGGGCUCGAAGUAAUCGGGUUGCAGCCUUUUCUGUUCUACGAAGGAUUGAUUGAUCGAGCUCAACAUGAGCAGAGACUGCAAAAACUGAAAGUCUGGUUUCGGAUUGCGAAGAUCCUGGGCACCGAUAUCAUCCAGAUUCCAUCGAACUUUCAAUCCGACGGGAUUUCUGGCGAUCGAAACUUGAUUGUUGCUGAUAUGGUUGAGGUCGCCAACCUGGGGCUGAAGGAGAUCCCAGUCAUCCGCUUUGCCUAUGAGAACCUGGCUUGGGGCACUUAUAUCUCAACCUGGGAGGAUAUGUGGGAUAUUGUCCGUCGCGUUGACCGACCCAAUUUCGGAUGCUGCCUUGAUACCUUCAACAUUGCCGGCCGGGUCUGGGCAGAUCCCGCAAGCCCCUCUGGAAAGACGCCGAAUGCCGACAUGGACUUGAGGAAGUCCAUUGAGAGCCUCACAAAAACGAUCGAUGUGAGGAAGGUCUUCUAUAUACAGGUGGUGGAUGCCGAAAGAAUGGAGUCGCCAUUAGUCAACGGCCAUCCAUUCCAUGUUGAAGGUCAACCCGCGCGUAUGAGCUGGAGUCGCAAUGCAAGGUUGUUUCUGUACGAGGAGGAGAAGGGAGGGUAUCUCCCUGUGGUAAAAGUAGCUGAAGCCUUCCUGAAGGGCCUUGGUUACAGGGGAUGGGUUUCAAUGGAACUUUUCUCCAGGACCAUGGCAGAUCCAGACCCCACCACCCCCCAAACACACGCACAAAGAGGCAUCCAGGCAUGGAACGGGCUGAAGCGGGAGCUGAUACUGUAA